AUGCCGAUGGCUAGUCGUAAGCCGACUAGCCAGCGCUACGACGGCGCCACUGUGCCGCAACAGGCGCCAUACAUUGGUAGUAUCUGUGCUCAUCACAGCUGCUGCAGAAAGAGACGUAGAGUGGGCAUAACGAGCGAUGACGUUCAUGUCGUUUUCUACACAGUGAUCGCCGUAGCUGUUCUGUGUGCGACGUACCGUCUUUUUCAACUUGAACACAAGCGCGACCAGCGUCAAACAGACAUUGAGCACAACUUUGACAACGUCGUCGACCUGCUGCAGACGCACUUGGACUCCAAGUACCGCGUACUUCGCGUCGUUCCAUCACCGCAUUCCGUCAUCACGUUGCACGCCAUUGUGAUCAAUAGCGGAGUUGCGGUCCCUCACGUGGAAGCUGAAGUGAUUGUCGAUCAGCAACAUGUGCUGGACCAACAACGCAAACACACGGACCAACGACGACGGGCGCGCCAUCCAUUGCCGUUUGUGCGCUUUCACGUGCACGAUGCGGGUGCGAUGACGCCGAUUGCCGAGGUCUCGUUCCUGGUGCUUGUGUGA